AGCUGCAUUUGCUGUCCGAGCGGAAGGAGCGAUGGAGCCAGCAGCUGGAUGGGGCGGCUCCCUUUGGGAAUAGGGCGUUUGGCCGCAAAGGCCCGGGGGAAGGAGCUCCCGGUGUCGGGUUUGCCGAGAGCAGGGGCAGUGAGCUGCAGGGAGGAAGCUGGACUGUCACAGAUGGAUUUUUAUAAACUCCUUUUCCAAAAAAGGAGCAUCCGCAAAUCGCAACCUCGACAAAUGUUUGUCUCUUCCCAAUCUCUAUCCUGCAAUGACACAGAUCGGGUUUAUAAAUUUAAAAAUAAUGCAGCCUUUGGAAAGUUUGAACAGUUUGGGGCCUUGAAGAAGGCUCAGCAGUGACCUGAUAUAAAGUUUAAAAUGAUCAAUGUUUUGGACGCGGCCAAUAUGUAGAGAAUGUUUCCAAAUGAAUUUUUUUUCACUUAGAAUGAUUAAAAAUGUGGAAUUCGGCAAAUAGUUCAGACAAAAAGCAAAGAUGUGCUUGAAAGGAAACUAGAACAAUCUGAGAGGGAGAAGGGGUUUGGAAAAAAUGUCAGAAAACUGAGGGUAUUCAAAGGUCGUAUUUGCAUCCUUGAAAUUCUGAAAGUCAUUCAGUUCAACAGAAUCUGAAUAUGUUCGGCCUCUGAAUGCACAGGGAGAAAUGCCUGUCUCUGAGAAAAGAUUUCAAACAUCAGUGUGACUGUAAAAGUACUGAGACACACAGACUCAAGGGAUGGUAUUCCAGUGAACUGACUGUAGAAACAACAUUACCAGCUACUCAGCCUGAAAAUUAAUUGCACCAUCCACAACGGAGAGAGACCAUAAAUGUGAUCUGUCUGUGAAUGUCAGUUUCAGUCAAUUGUUGAACCUGGAAGCACUCAAGGACACUGACACCAUGGAGAAACCAUGGAAAUGUGGGGAGUGUGGGAAGGGAUUCCGUUACCCAUCAGGGCUGGAAACUCAUCAACGCAGUCACACUGGGGAGAGGCCCUUCAGCUGUUCGGUAUGUGGGAAGGGAUUCACUCAGUCAUCCAGCCUGUACACACACCAGAACGUUCACACUGGGGAGAAGCCAUUCUCCUGCUCUGUGUGUGGGCAGGGAUUUAAUGCUUUAUCAACCCUCCGGACUCACGAGCAGGUUCACUCUGAUGAGAGACCGUUUAAAUGUUCUGACUGUGAGAAGAGUUUUAAGAGCAGAAAGGAUAUAUUGAUACAUCAACGCAGUCACACUGGGGAGAGACCAUUCAUCUGCAAAGUGUGUGGGAAAGGAUUCACUCAAUCAUCCCAUCUCCUGACACACCAACUUGUUCACACGGAUGAGAGACCCUUUAAAUGUUCUGACUGUUUGAAGAGCUUUAAAAGUAAAAAGGACUUACUGAACCACCAACGUGCUCUGACUGGGGAGAAACCAUUCAUCUGCUCUGUGUGUGGGAAGGGAUUCACUAGUUCAUCUUACCUUCUGACACAUCAAUUUGUUCACACUGAUGAGAGACCUUUUGGCUGUCCUGACUGUGAGAAGAAAUUUAAAAGCAAGAAGCAUCUUCUUAAACACCAGUACACUCACACAGGAGAGAGGCCAUUCCACUGCUCUAUCUGUGGGAAAGGAUUCACUCGAUUAUCCCACCUGCUGAGACACCAUCGAGUUCACACUGGGGAGAGGCCAUUCUCCUGUGCUGACUGCAAGCAAGAAUUUGUUGAUUUAUCUGACCUUGUGAUCCAUCAGCGAGUUCACAGCGGGGAGAGACCGUACUCCUGCUCCCUGUGUGGCAAGAGAUUCACUCAGUCAUCCCAUCUCACAACACACCAACUUGUUCACACUGAUGAGAGACCUUUCCAAUGUUCUGACUGCGAAAAGAGGUUUAAAAGUAAACAGAAUCUGCUGAAACAUCAACAAAUUCACACGGGGCAGGGACCGUUCAUCUGCAAAGUGUGUGGGAAAGGAUUUACGCAGUCACACAAUCUCCUGAGACACCAGCAACUACACCUGCAAGAUCAGCAAAUGGCUCCUACUACUAUUGCUUCUGUUAACUGCAUCCAGGACUGAGCCUUGCUGGUUGCCCAUUUCCAGUGGGGCUCCACAGUUGUGUAGUAUAUAUCAAGGAUUUCGACUUCAAUGUAAAAGCCAUGAUGAAAAAAAAUUGUAGAUAGCUCAGAAGUUGUGGCCGUUGGUGAAUAAAGCUGCAGACUGCAUGAUGUCAAUGGACAACUCAAACAGAAGGCAUGUGGCCAAUGGAGUUCAUUGUAGAGAUAAUGAAGCUAGGAGGCCAGGGGGCCAACAGGACAAAGAAAAUGCACAAUGAUUCAUUGGAUCCUGAGGAGUGUGGAGGAACUGCAAGACCUUUGACUGAUGUCCACAGAUUCCUGAAGGUGGCUGGACAGGCAGGGAAGGAGAUCAGUGAGGCAUUUGGUUAAGCCUAGAAUAUAAAACCUGGAACUUUAGGAAACACUAGUUCGAGCACAGAUGGCGUACUGAGGGUAAUUCUGAUCAUCACACUAAUCAACUAGAAAGUAAGACUAGAUUCAUUAUCAUAAACUGAAGUCAAUUUAUUUAUGUAAUUACAGUGUUGAAUGCAUCAAGUACAAUUGAUAAAGCUAAGCUACGAGCAAUUGUAACAGUGAAAAUCUAUGAUUUUUUUCAGCAAAUUAAAAUCUGCUGUUUCGAUAACAAUAGUUAAGAGAAAAAAUUUUUGCUAACUUCCUAUUAAAUAAGGUGACUUUUGUAUAAUGGAAAAAAUUGAUUGAUGAAUACCUGGUGAAUUUUUCUUUGUUUUAAUCUGAAAUUUAUUUUGGUUUAGUUAAUAAAGAAACACAUGGUAGUCUAUCCCAGUUCCACAGAGUGCACACCCAGUUCCAUGUGGGAAAACCAGGAUAAUUAGAGGGAUGGCACAGAAAGAGGCCCUUGGGCCCAACUCAUUCAUGUUGACCUGGUUUACUAAACUGAACUAGUCCCAUUUGCCUGUGUUUGGCUCAUAUCCCUCUAUAACUUUCCAAUCCACACGCUUGUCCAAAUGUCUUUUAUAUGUUGUAAUUGUACCUGCUUCUACCAGUACCUCUGACACCUCGUUCCAUAUAUGCACCACCCUCUUUGUGAACAAGUUACUCCUCAGAACCCUACUAAAUCCUUCCCUUCUCACCUCAAACCCACACCCUCUAGUUCUGGACUCCUCUACGCUGGGAUAAAGACCUUGGCUAUUCACCUUGUCAACGUCCUGCAUGAUUUUAUAAACCACUGUACCGUCACCCUCUCAGCCAUCUGAGGAAAUAAGUCCCAGGUCAUACAGCCUCUCUUUUUCACUCAAAGCUUCCAGUCUCAGUAGCAUGUUGGUUAAUCUUUUUUUCACUCUUUCCAGUUUAAUAGCAUCCUUCUUAUGACCAGAACUGUAUGCAGUAUUCCAAAUGUAGCUUCCCCAAUGUCUUGCACAGCUGUAACAUAAAGUCCCAACUCCUGUACUCAGUGCUCUGACCAAAGAAACCAAACUUGCCAAAUGGCUUCUUCAUCACCCUGUCUACCUGCGGUGCCAGGGACACAAUGCCUGUGAUUGACGAGAACACACAUUUGACAACAACUAAAGUACUACACUCAGUUCUGGUCCCCACAAAUCAGGAUAGAUGUGAUCACACCAGAAACGGUACAGAGAAGAUUGAUGAGGAUGUUUCCAGGAUUGGAGAAUUUUAGCUCAGAGAAAAGAUUAGAUGAGUUGGGCUUGUUUUCUGUGGAACAGAGGAGACUGAAAUGAGAUUUAAUUGAAAUAAGAUAAUGAGGAGUCUAGAGACAGUGGAUAGGAAGGAGUGAUUCAUUUAGAGGGAGGUCAGUAACUGGAGGUUUUAGAUUUUGAGUAAUUUACAGAAAGAGGGGGAGGUGAGAAAUCAUUUCACCCAGAGAUGGUAGAGAGCUCGAACUCACUGUCUGAUCGGGAGGUAGCGGCAGAAACCCACAUCAUAUUAAAAAGUAAACAUGGAUUUGCUUGAAAUGCAGAACAUACAGGGUUAUGGACUGAUAUCAGUAGAAUGGGAACAGCCUGGAUAGUUCUGUUUCAGCCAAUAUAAACAUGAUGGGCCACAUGGCUUCAAUCUAUGCUGUAAUUUUCUGACGUUUUUAUUCUGACCAUUGGAGUUUGUUUCUGAUGAUGUUAAUAACCUCAUAAAUUGGACUGGAGUUUAAUAUUCUGAAGAAAUGUCAAAUAAAUCAGCUUUGCUUCAAACACUAGAUUGCUGUAUUUCUCCCCUGAGUGUUUAAUAUCACCUAGAGCUCAGAAAGGACAAUCUCAGGCGAGGAUCAUACGGCAGCAACAGAAUUUCAGCCUGGACACACAGUUCAGGGUCACACUGAGGGAGACAAAUGGCACUUUGGUCUUUCUCAUCUCUCUUCACUGACAGCAAAGCCCUGGUGUGGUCAAUGCUGUGGUAUGUAAGAAAUGUGUCCCAGCCACCAUCUCCCAUGGCUCAAAACUCCUCAACAUGCCAUAGAAUCUCAUUUAAAACAAGGUUUACAGUCAGAGGAAGAACAACUGUGAAUGCUGUAAAUAUGCUGCAAAUCAGCGAUUCGUGCAAAAUUGUGAUUUGUUCCUGACUGGAAAUGAACCUACAAAUUUAAUUUCCCUCUAUAUUAGUAAAGACGAAAGAGUUUAGCAACGCAAGCUGAGCUAGAAAUCGUACUUCACCAAGAGUGUGACUUGGCAGGAGGAGGUUGCCAAAAUUUCAACUUUUUUUUAAAAAUAAUCACCUACAUAACACACAUUGCUUGUUUAGGAGGGUGUGUAUUAGGGAGGGGUUAGUGGUGGUCCUGGGAAUUUUUCAUUCUGAAGCAGUCUCACCUGAAACUGUCUCCAUUAAUUUAUCAAUUUCUAAUGAUGUGAGACCUAUCCACAUGUUAUUUUUUCAGUUUUCCAGGAUUUAAUUUCUUUUUCAUUUUUCUUAAAUCUCUAUUAAAUCACGUUAUUGUUGUAACACUAAAAUUCUGAGGGUUUUAGCUUUGUUAAAGCCAUUCCCAAUCGAGUACAGGAGAAUUCGACUGGCCUUAUUUUUACAGUAUCAAUAAGCAAGGGUCUUGCAAGGUGUAAAACAAAAUGCUGGUGAAUCUCUGCAGGUCUGGUACAGAGUAGAGAAACAGUUAAUGUUUUGAUUCCAACUGUGCUUCUUCAGAAUGUUCCAGACUUCAGAAAUUUCCAGACCUGCCAAAUUUCUCCAACAGUUUUAGUUGUUAAUUCAGAACACAGGUGUACAGUCUUUACUCAGUGUGAAUGUGUGCACGUACAAUAAUGUUGUGAUCAUUUACAGAACCAUGUCCUUCAGAUACACAAUUUUAUUAUCAUUUUUAACUGUAAAAGACCAUUGUUCAUUCCUGGUGUGAAUAAGAGAAAAUAUUCUUCAACUGUGGUUAUUUGUGAAUUUGCUGGUGUCUCAGCAGGUUGGAUGAUUGCGUGAAUGCUUUCCCCACAAUCAGAGCAACUGAAUGGUCUCUCUCCAGUGUGAACUCGCUGGUGUGUUACCAGGUUGGAUGCCUGACUGAAGCCCUUCCCACACACUGAGCAAGUGAAUGGUUUCUCCCCAGUGUGCACUCGGUGGUGUCUCCGCAGGGAGGAUGACAGAGUGAAACUCUUCCCACACUGGAAGCAGCUGAACAGUCUCUCGCCAGUGUGAACUUGCUGGUGCAUUCGGAGAAUGGAUGACGACGUGAAUCCCUUCCCCCACACAGAGCAAGUGAAUGGUCUCUCUCCAGUGUGAACCCACUGGUGUGUGAGCAGGUUGGAUGACUGAGUGAAUAUUUUUCCACAGCUGGAACAAGUGAAUGGUCUCUCUCCAGCGUGAACUCGCUGGUGUGUCAGAAGGUCGGAUGACUGUGUGAAUCUCUUCCCACAAUCAGAGCAGGUGAAUGGCUUCUCCCCAGUGUGACUGCAUUGGUGAGUUUCCAGCUGGGGUGCGUAAAAAAUUCCCUUCCCACAAACCCCGCAUUCCCACAGUGUCUCUCCUUUGCAACUGCACUGAUGUUUAGACAUUUCAGAUAAAUGCUAGCAGACGCUUUCACACACAGAGUAGGUGUAUUUCUCCCCAUCUUUGAACGUACCUUUUCCUUCCAUGUUCAAAAUUCUUUGAUAAUUUAAUUCCAAUAAA